AUGUCUUGGCGAAGCUUUUUGACAGGUGGUAUUAAAUAUUGGAAGAGAUUGCAGAAAUUCCCUGUGAUCCUCAAACAGCCUGGAAUAUAUUUGUUAUCAAAGUGUUCUUUCCCACAUCAAUGCAUUCAUCCAAAUACUUUGGGACUAUUCAAGCACUUUGGUCGUUACACACAAGACACAUCGCUGGUCAGAACAGUUUACAGGACGAUAGUUAACAGCAGUACGGAGCAACGGCCAAAUUUAUUAUUAAGAGUUAGCAGGCAUUUCACAGGAGCUGCUGAUCUGAGGCAUAGUUAUCAUAAUCAUAACUCUUUUCACCCAAUCAAUAAGGCCUGUAAACCGAAGCGUAAAUCAUGGUUGGAAAAUCUCUUUGGUAGAAAUAAAUACAAAUCAUUGUCCAGUUUGGCUACAAAUUGUGCUGACACAAUAGUCCCCAAAGAAUUUAUUGCUGCAGGAUGUAACAGUGCUGUAUGGGGUGCAGAAAUUCGUAAGCAGUAUCAAAGUGGAAAUGAAACUAUUGAUGAAUUAGCUGUCAAGGUGUUAUAUAACUACUAUGUGAAUUCGUCGUGUUACGGAAAAGCGAACACAAAACUUGAGAGUGGUGAUAAUAGUGAUACAGUGAAAAAUAUUCCUGAAAAUUGGAUAUUGCUUCAUCGUCAAAUUCAAAGGGAAUGCGAACUUCGACCCCAAACAAAUCAUCCCAAUAUUGUUCCAAUAGUUGGACAUUUUGUCGAUCGUGCACCUCAGCUUGAAGUGAACCGGGAAUCUGUUGGUAAGAGUUCUGAUGAACUUGAAAAGUAUACCUGUCUGACUGAGCUCCACGAAUCUAAAUGUUCGCAGGUUUCUGGAAAUGUUAGCCGGUCAGUGAAUUCAUCUAGCACUCCAAUUUCGUGCUGGCCAGGAGCAGAAUCCUUUCCUGAAGCAUUUGCUGGUCGACCCUACACAUUCUACAUGUUAAUGCCAAAAUUCGAAGCUACUUUAGAUGAUCUAUUACAAGGAAGCAUUAAAUUUAAUUUUCAAAAUUCAUAUACUGAAAUUAUGCGUAAUAAAACUACUAAGUAUGGACGGAGUGCAUGUAGAGAUACCAGUUCAGCGCAAUUGAGUCAGUAUAUAAUUCCAAAUACUGCCAACUCUGUGAUAUCUUCUAAGUCUGAUAAUGUCGACAUAGAUUCUCAAAUCGUCACAGAUGAUGUAUAUAUCAAGCAUGCUGAGACGUAUCUUUCUGUUGAUGAUAUUGUAACCAUUCUCGUUCAAAUAUUCGAAGCUGUCGCUGAACUUGAAGCUCAUGGAAUAGCUCAUCGAGAUAUUAAACCCAAUAAUAUACUAAUACGUCAACGUGUUCCAUUUGAAAGUGAUCAAAUUUCUGGUUUGAAGUCUACAAGAUUAACUUUUGAAUCUACUCAAGAUCCAUCCUUAAGAUGGUUGAAUGAUAAAGAAGUGGAAAUGACUAAUUCACAUUUAUGUGUGGCGUUAACUGACUUUGGAUGUGCUAUUCGUACAAACCAGUCUACUAGUGAAGCUGCAUCAUCAUUUAAUCAGUCGAAAUUGAAAACUGCUCUCACUAAUUUAAUCGGUGUUCUUAGUGAUGAUGAUAAUGAUAAUGCAUACAUCAAUCAUAGUGGAAAUACAGCUCUUUUAGCUCCAGAAAUUGCAUGUAUUUAUCGUAAUUUACCCAUUGAUUAUUCUCAUGACCGGAAUAUAACCGGUCAAGAUUAUGCGCGGUCAGAUUUAUGGGCAGCAGCAACACUAAUAUAUCCGCUUUUUGGAAUGUCGAACCCUUUUGUUGAUGGUACACUUUCAUCUGUUGAUUAUUCUGAAGACGCUUUACCCCAACUUCCACCUGAGGCUCCGAAAAUCAUGACAUGGAUUUUGCACAGGUGUCUGAAACGUGAUCCAUCUAAAAGGCCUAGAGCUGAUGAGAUUGCAGACAUUCUUCAUGUUUGGUGUUUAGUACGACAUCUUCAUCGUAGACAAAAAGCCAGCAUUUUAAGAAACUUACAUCAGACAAGUAGUAAGAGUGUGGAUAUUUUGCCUGAAGAAAUCUUAAAUCCUAUGCAGUCUAAUAAAGCCAAACUCAUGCUAUCAAACAAUCGCCUAUGUGAACUUCUUAAUAUAUUUUGGGCGGCCGAUUGGUUGACGGGUGCUGCUCAGCCACUACAAGGUAUUCGCUCGAUGUUUUAUUCACGUGCUACUCCUGGACGGUUCGAGCUUUGUUUGGAUGUUUUGCAUUCUGUGGAUUCAUUAAACAGAGACAAUUUAAUUGAUUCAAUCUAUAACUAG